AUGAACUGUAUGAAUGUGGACACAGGUGGAGUCAGUCUCUUGUCUCUCCCUCAGAGAGCCCAACAGGAGGAGCUUGACAAGAUUGAAAAACACAUGAAGUCCUCAAAAGACAAGGAGAAUGCCAAAUCUCUGGAUAAACCUGAGCAAUUUCUCUACCAGCUCUCCUUGGUCCCAAACUUCUCUGGCAGAGUGUUCUGCAUACUCUUCCAGUCCAGCUUCUCUGAGUGCAUGUCAUCCAUAAUGAGAAAACUGGACACGCUGCAGAGGGUAUGCAAGGCGUUGCAGGACAGUGAGACAGUGAAGAAGGUUCUAGGUCUGGUUCUGGCUUUUGGUAACUUCAUGAAUGGUGGUAAUCGAACCAGAGGCCAAGCUGAUGGCUUCUCCCUUGAUAUCCUGCCCAAACUCAAAGAUGUCAAGAGCAGUGACAGCAUGAAAAGUCUCCUGUCUUACAUUGUUGCAUACUACCUCAGACAUUUCGACGAGGAUGCAGGUAGAGAGACGUGUGUGUACCCACUCCCUGAGCCUCAUGAUCUUUUCCAGGCUUCACAGAUGAAGUUUGAAGAUUUUCAGAAAGACCUGAUUCGACUCAGGAAAGAUCUGAGAGCGUGUACAUCAGAAGUGGAAAAGGUUUGCAAGGUUUCAGAUGAGGAUAACCUGCAGCCUUUUAAGGACAAGAUGGAGACCUUCCUCACACAAGCUAAAAGUGAACUGGAGAUCCUGGAAGCUCUACUCAGCAGCACUCACAAACUGUAA